AAGGCAGUUGGAACCUCCGCCAGGAUUUCGAUGCAGUCGAGGAGACCCAGAGCCGAGCAUAAAAUGGAACAAACACCUUGCCCUUAAAACUCAUCGACAUUCUCUCUCUCACUCACAUUGUGAACUCCCCUCUCUCAUGUCCAUGGCUCACCUUCUCAACACCUCCUUCAUCCCCACCCUCGCCCGCAACCCUACUACGCCGGCACUCAUCUCCUGCCGCCGGAGCAGCCGUUUCCAAGUCCAGGCCAAGAUCCGUGAAAUCUUCAUGCCGGCGCUCAGCUCCACCAUGACCGAGGGCAAGAUCGUCUCCUGGGUCAAGUCCGAGGGAGACAAGCUCUCCAAGGGCGAGAGCGUCGUCGUCGUCGAGUCCGAUAAGGCUGACAUGGACGUCGAGACUUUCUACGACGGUUACUUGGCCUCUAUUAUGGUCGAAGAAGGCGGCGUUGCCCCAGUGGGGUCCGCUAUUGCUCUCCUGGCCGAGACCCAAGAGGAGAUCGCCGAGGCCAAGGCCAAGGCCACCUCUUCUCCUUCUUCUUCUUCUUCUUCUUCUUCUCCUUCAUUACCGGCACCGGCACCGGUUUCGCAGGAGACCAAAAUUCCGGAAAAUGCGGCUCCCGCUCCUAAGGCGGCGGCACAUCCGGCUUCUGAGGGAGGGAAGAGAAUCGUGGCGUCACCUUACGCCAAGAAGCUCGCUAAGGAUUUGAAGGUUGAGUUGGCAAGAGUGGUGGGAACUGGGCCAAUGGGGAGGAUUGUGGCCAAGGAUGUUGAAGCUUUUGCUGCAGCUCAGGCUCCGGCUCCGGCUCCGGCCGCGGCAUCGGUGCCGGCGGCUGGGAUUGAGUUGGGGACGGUGGUGCCUUUCACUACCAUGCAAGGUGCUGUGAGUAGGAACAUGAUUGAGAGUCUGUCAGUGCCCACAUUCAGAGUAGGAUACACUAUCACCACUAAUGCUCUGGAUGCUCUCUACAAAAAGAUCAAGUCCAAGGGAGUUACCAUGACAGCAUUGCUGGCAAAGGCAACAGCAUUAGCAUUGGUUCAACAUCCUGUUGUCAACUCUGGCUGUAGAGAUGGUAACAGUUUUGUAUAUAAUAGCAGCAUUAACAUAGCAGUUGCUGUGGCAAUCGAUGGUGGGUUGAUAACACCAGUGCUUCAGGAUGCGGACAAGGUUGACAUAUAUACACUGUCAAGAAAGUGGAAGGAGUUAGUUGAUAAGGCAAGGGCCAAGCAGCUGCAGCCUCAUGAAUACAAUACAGGUACUUUCACUCUUUCAAAUCUUGGGAUGUUUGGUGUUGACCGGUUUGAUGCCAUUCUGCCACCUGGAACUGGAGCAAUUAUGGCAGUUGGAGGAUCUCAGCCUACUGUUGUGGCUUCCAAGGAUGGUCGAAUUGGUAUGAAGAACCAAAUGCAGGUAAACGUUACGGCUGAUCAUCGUGUAAUUUAUGGUGCUGAUCUUGCUUCGUUCUUGCAAACCUUGGCAAAAAUUAUUGAGGACCCCAAAGAUCUUACCUUCUAGACCAAGCAUGUUUUGUCACUCUUCAAUGCCCUCUUGGCUUUCUCACUAUCCUGGGAUUUUCCUCAUAGUGUUUCCAACGGGUCAUCUUUCUCUGAUUACAAUCAUUUAUCUUUGGCGGGAAGGGUUGUUCCAUUUUAUCAAGAAUAUAGAUAGUUUGAGGAUAAAAGCUCGUCUAGUGUUAGUUUUAGUUGCCCAAAUGUUGUUUCAUAAAAUUUCAACCAACUUUUUUUCUCAGUUUGCUAUAGCAUAAAACUAGUUGUUGAGUUUGCAACAUGUAAUGAGUAGACUGAAUGAAAUUUGUAACUCAAGAAUUUAACAUUUGCACUCAAAAGCUUUACACUGAAAUCCAUUCUUAUAUUUAAAACC